CUCCCUCCAACUCUUAGCCGUCGCCGGUUUUCAACGGAGAUAGCCGAACACUGAAGUCGAUGUUAUCCGGCGAUUGGCGGAAUCAGGUAAACAUGGCUGCGCCCUAUAAGCCUUGCUAGCGACAGUCAUCCUUGCAGGAUUUUUGAGAAGCCAUCCAGUAUCAGAAGUUUUUGAUGAAGAAAAUGAUGAUAGAAAUUUUUAAAGUGAAAGUUUCAAACUAUUUAUCUUCGGCUGGAAUAGUUUCCUGAAGACAUGAAAGACUGGUGCUGCAUCAUAUUUAUAUAAUUUCUUUCUUUGUUUGCAUUUACUAAUUAUUUAAGAUCAGGGAAAGCAAACUAAGGUUUGCUAACGAAUUUGAAAAAAAAGAAAUCAAAUAUAUAUGUAUUAAUAUAUAUAUUAUAUAUAUGUAUAUAUAUAUCUAAAAUCAUGGCUAGUACAGAAAGUACACUAGAAUCUGAUAAUUUCCCACUGAGUUCUGAAUCUGAGUUGUCUAAAAUAACGGCAUUGGAAGACAUGUCGACGACAGAUGAAAGUAUGAAUGCAACAACUGAUGAAGCAGACAACUCGUGGGAGACAACCAAGUCGGUGUUAACAGCAACCAUAAACAAGGUGAACAUUUCCGAUUCGGCACAGGGGAGUGCGGGGAACUCAAAUUUCACAGUAAACAGCAAUAGUAAUGAUUCGAUGAACAACAGCAACAACCAACCAGAGGGUUUAUUCUCUGUGGCAGCUAGUAGCACUCUCAUAAAGACAGUUGUGUUUCCGGCAGCAAGUGCCAAUGGAGGGGACAAACCAUACAAAUGUGACACGUGCGAAAAAGCAUUUUCAUUGCGCCGUGCUCUCAAGGCACACAAAAGAGUACACACAGGGGAAAAACCAUUCAAGUGUGACACAUGUCCGAAAGCUUUCAGCCACCAGGGGGCACUGAAAGCACACAAGAGGGUGCAUACUGGAGAGAGACCAUUCAAGUGUGACGUGUGCGAUAUGUCGUUUUCCCAUCGCUCGACUCUCAUCACUCAUCGAAGGACUCACACAGGUGAAAAACCGUUCAAAUGUGACCUUUGUGACGAGGUUUUCUCCUACCGCCAGACAAUGAAAUCUCACCGCAAAAAACACUUUUUGGCGGCAAAUGCCAAUGGCCUCGGUGCAACCAAUGCAACAGCUCACACCAUAGUGAAACGGAUGAGAUGCGACACGUGCGGUUUGGAGUUUGCCUCCAAAGAGGAAGUGGAGACUCACAUUAUUGAGGUCCACGUGGAAAAGAAGAUCUUUAACUGUCUGACUUGUAAAAAGAAUUUCCCCACAUCUUACAGUUUGGAGAAACACAAAUUGAUGCAUUUAGUAACAAAUUCCUCAAGCUGUAGGUCUGUAUCUGGCAGGGUCCCAAACAAAUCAGGCAGCAAUGGUCCCAGUACUGCUGCUGUUGCUGCAGCUGCUGCUGCUGCGGCCGCUGCUGCUGCCGCCGCUGCAGACGCCAGCUCCGUGGUCGGUGAUACUGCCGAAGAACGGGUUGCGUCGUUCUCACAUGUACUUAAACAGCAGAAAUCAAACAACAACAACAACAGCAGCAGUCACACCGCUGUCACCACUACCACCACCACCAACACUAUCCUCACCCCCAACAACAACAACAACAACAACAACCAUCAUCACAACAACAGCAUCACCAUCAACAACAUCAGCAACAACCACUUGAACAGCAGCAAUAGUCGCAGUUGCAGCAUCGCUGUCAACAGCAACAGCAGCAGCAGCAAAAGCAUUGGCAACAACACCCAUACCACUGCCACCCCCAUCAUCACAACCACAGCAACAACCAUCAGCAACAGCAUCAACACCAACAUCCCCACUAAUAUCCCAACCACCACCACCACCACCAUCACAAACAACAACAACAACAGCAGCAGUAAAAACAACAACAUUGUAACUGCAAAUCGCAUUCAUAUUGAAGAGUGUCCUUACAAGUGCUGCAUAUGUAACGAGGGUUUCCCGUCAAUGAAAACCCUAACAGAACACGAACGGACCCACAACGACGACAUGUCGAUGAACCUGCUGAUGCCAUCAUCGCUGCUGUCAUCGUACACGUGUGACAUCUGCGGUGUGGUGUUCUCACAGAAGUCGAACCUCAACGCUCACAAACGAAGUCACGGGGAAGAGAAAUCUCUGGAUUACAGUUCCACAUCAGCCGUUGUUCCUCAGAAAGACUAUUCUGACUCACCGUUCGAGUGCACGAUAUGUGGUGCCCUCUUCACCAACAACAUGUGGUCGAGUAGCUCAUAACACAUGCAGGCACAAUGCACAGAUACACACCUGUAAGCACACACACACACACACACACACACACCUAGAUGUACACAAAAGCACAUAUACUUUCAUAAACUACAGGUGUAUAUACAUACAUACAUAUAUAUAUAUAAUAAUUUGAGGGAAUAUUAUUCCUAACUUAAAGGGAAAAAUUCAAUU